AUGACAGCUGCUCGACGACUUCCCACGAUCCAACGCCGAACCUUCCUCCCCGAUCAGUAUACCGACAAGAAGGUUAUUGACCAGAAGUACCCCGAGCCUCCCAGCUUGAGCGAGGCCGAGGACCCCGGAAUGAACGGCGGCUACAUCAACCCUCCCCGAAUCAAGCGACAGUUCCGUGACCCUCAUGCGGGCUGGUGGGAUCCCCAGGAGCGACGAAACUUUGGUGAACCCAUCCACGAGGAUAACGAUGUUCUUGGAAUCUUUUCUCCCUGGGAGUACACCUGGACUACCGCUGGUCCUGGUGCUGUCAUGGUCGGAACCUUUAUCGCCGUUUUCCUGAGCGUUACCGGAGUUGUCUACCUCAACUAUCCCGAUCGACCUGCUUAUCCCCGAGAGUUUGAGGGUGGUCUGGAACGAGAGCUUGGUGGCCCUGGAGCUACAAGGGCUCGCAUGGAGGGUGAUGAGGAACCUUGA